AGAUAGAAGAAAUCACACGCAUUCCUGAAUGCUGGGCGGAAGGCGCCAAGAAAAGAGUCUCCCGCGGUAAAAAGAAAGUGAUUAAAUAUAAUAUACGAAUGUUUUGUGUUCAUUUCCACGAAAGUAAAGGCAGACGAAGCAUAAAGGGCGAGAGGUUAUGAGAGAAUUGGGAGGAAGGGAUCGUGUUGGAGAGAAAAAUGGUGCUGUCGCAGAAAAUUCACUCGGCAUUUAAGGGAGCGGUAGAAAGAAUUACAGGGCCUCGUACAGUUUCGGCUUUCAAAGAGAAGGGCGUUCUUUCUGUGGAUGAAUUCGUCCAGGCGGGAGACAAUUUGGUCGCCAAAUGCCCUACCUGGUCUUGGGAAUCAGGUGAUCCAAGUAGAAGGAAGCCAUUCUUACCACCUGGCAAGCAGUAUUUAAUAACUAGAAAUGUACCAUGUGUACGAAGAGCUAGUGCAAUAGAAGAGGACUACGAGGCUACUGGAGGAGAGUAUAUGCUUGAUGAUGAAGAGGAUGAAGGGUGGUUAGCAACUCAUGGUGCUCCUAAAGAUAACACGAAUGACGAGGAUAAUGUACCUUCAAUGGAUUCAUUAGAAAUACAGGAAAAGACUAAAAUUCGUCCUAUUUCUUCAUACUUUGGGGCUGAUGAAGAAGAAGAUAUCCCUGACAUGGAGGAGUAUGAAGAAUCUAACAAUGUGGCUGAUAAUGAUGUGGCAACAUUACAACCUGUUUAUAUGAUUGCUAACGAACCAGAUGAUGACAAUAUCCUUCGCACACGAACAUAUGACGUGAGCAUCACAUAUGACAAAUAUUACCAGACUCCAAGAGUAUGGCUUACAGGAUAUGAUGAGUCACGCAUGCUUUUGCGGCCAGAACUGGUGCUGGAUGAUGUCAGUCAAGAUCAUGCCCACAAAACAGUCACCAUUGAGGAUCAUCCUCACGUGGCUGGAAAGCACGCUUCUAUACACCCUUGCCGUCAUGGGGCUGUUAUGAAGAAAAUAAUAGAUGUGCUAAUGUCCAAUGGAGUUGAGCCAGAAGUUGACAAGUACCUAUUUAUCUUUUUGAAAUUCUUGGCAUCAGUUAUCCCCACAAUUGAGUAUGAUUACACGUUAGACUUCGAUUUGGGUGGCGCCCAAACAUGAUUGAAGGUGGAAACACUUCACUUGAGCAGAGUGGAUGGUUUAGCAAAGUUCUAAGUAUCUGGAUUGCAUGAUCAGCUAUAAAGCUCUCGCAUAGCAUCAGUAAAGGUGGAUGCUAUAAAUAUACUCAACUGAGCGGCUGGUGUUCAAUUACAUAAUCUCUAUGCCAGGGUUCAGAUGCUCAUCCGUAAAGCUGUUUCAAGUGCCAUUGAUGUCUGUAUAUGUAUCUAAUGUACGAGGAAAAUUGGUAUGAUUUAUUCAUUCUACAGGCUGAAACCUACUGUCCAUAGUACUGCAUUCUGAAUGGAAAUUGUGAAGAUUAUUUUCUGACAAUGUCAAUGCAUGUAAAUACAAAAUGGUUUAUGGUUGCAAUA